GUAGUCUUCGGUAUUACGGCGGGCAGGGGCGAGAUUUGUGGCCAUCGCGAUAUGCGAGGGGGUGGUUGCCACGAUACAGCGGUGCUGCCUGCGGGCUAAUGGCGGCUGAGGGGCGCGAGCGAAGUUAAAAAGGAAACGAAUAUGGCCAGCAGUAAUAGACCUCCCACAGCUCGUUCUGCUUCAAGAGCAGGAGUAGGGCUGACCUCUUCAUCGAGGCCUGCGUCUUCAUCAAGGACUCCGUCAGCAGGCAGAAUAGGAACAGCGAUGCCUCCUAAUACAGCAAGACCUGGUUCUCGUGGUGGUUCUUUGACUCCUGGAGGAGUUUUAUCAUCUCAGAUAAAAGUUGCAGACCGUCCAGUGACUCAACAGGGAUUAAGUGGAAUAAAAACUGCAAUGAAAGGUCCUCAGAGACAGAUAAUGGAUAAAACAUACUACCUUGGGGUGCUGAGAAGUAAAACAAAUGAACUUACAACAGAAAUUAACAAGCUUCAGGAAGAAGUAGAAAUGUACAAGCAAGAGAAAUCUGUCUAUUUGUCCUAUGAAAAACGGGCGGAGGCUUUAGCUGGUGAAAUCAAAGAUCUUCAAGGUCAACUAGCAGACUUCAACAUGGUUGUGGAUAUACUUAACACCAGUACAGAUAUGGCAGAAGUGAUCCGUGAUUACAAUAUGUUAAAGGUUCAGAAUGACCGAGACGCUCAGAGUAUAGAUAAAAUUUUCACAGAAAGACAAACCACAGAGAAGUUAAAUCAAGCUAUAGAAGAAGAUAUCGAGCGUGAAAAGGUUUUGGCAGAUGACAUAUUGAAAGAUAUGUCACAGGAAAAUCAAGCUAAAUAUAUGGAGAUGAAAGCUGCUAAUGAAAAGCUCUCCCAGGAAUUGGUUGUUCAACAGCAGGAAUUGGAUGCACUGAAUGUAAAGGAAGAUAGUCUAAGAGCUGAAAUAGCACACUCUGGGAUGAAGCAGAGAGCUGUGCAGUUGUAUGAGGAGGUCCAUGAGCUCAAGGAACGUCGAGAUCGAAUGAUUGCUGAGGAUAAGAACAUGGAGUCUCCACAGGAGGAGAGAGAGAGAUUACUAAAGCAGGUUAAAGACGAUAGUCAAAAAAUUGCAAGCAUGGAAAGACAAUUGGCAGAAGUAAAAGAAAAAACAGAUUAUUUUAAAAAGGUCAUUCAACGACUUGAUAUGGAUCUGGAGAACAAUCGAGGAGAAGAAAAUUGGAAAUACAAAGAGUUGAAGAAGAAGGAAGAAAGCAUGGACAGUUUUCUAGAGACUUUUGAAGAUGCGAAGAAUAAGGAAUUGGAACGAAAGGCUGAAAUAGAAGCCAACAUUGUUGCACUCCUGGAACACUCAAGCAGGAAUCUGAAUCAUAUGAAACAAAUUUCAUCUGUUACCAAUCAAGAGCUGAAGAUUAUGCAGGAAGACCUCACUUUCAAAUCAAGCGAAAUGCAGAAAUCACAGAGCACUGCUAAGAAUCUGAUUACAGAGAGUCAAAAACUGCAAAUGGACCUACAGAAAAUGGAACUGUUGGAGGGCAAGAUGGUUGGUGAACUGGCUUCUCUUAAAGACAAAAUUGAACAGACAAGAGCCGAGUUGGAUGUCUACAAUAAUUUGCCAGCUCUAAAAGCAUCAGGAGAAGAAAAGAAAAAGAAACUCCAGGAUGACAAAGAAAAAUUAACAAAACGCAGCUAUGCUUUUAAUAAAAUAAUGGAGCAUUUGAAUACAGAGUAUGAGACACUAAAGAAGGAGCUGCAAGAAAAUGAGACCAAUUCUCAGCUUACAAAUUUGGAGAGGAAGUGGCAGCACCAUGAGCAAAAUAACUUUAUGAUGAAGGAGUUCAUAGCAACAAAAAGUCAGGAGAGUGACUACCAGCCAAUAAUGAAAAAUGCAAGAAAGCUGGUCAAAGAAUACAACAAAGCUCUCAUAGAAGCUUUACAGAACACCAAGAACUGAACCCAGGCAUUUCCUUCCUGCCCGAAUGGACCAGCAAUGAGAGAUGUGCAAAGGCUGCAUGGAACGCUGGACUGUUGAGAUCAUUCACUCACCAAUAGGGUGACAGACAUUCUUAAAAUUAUUUUCUAGGCUUUUAGAAGUUACAGAUUUUAAUACUAUCCCUCAUUUUGCGCUGUUUAAAAUUUUUAGAAAUAAACAUCCAAAUUUUAAAAACAGAAAGAACUACUGUCCAAUGAGUUACUGAGGCCCAUUGCUGAAUUGCAUCUCAAGUGUGACACACUGAAUUUCUAAUUGCCUUGUAGUCCUACCCCUGCCAAAUGGAGCAGAACUGCUUGACAGGCUGUCAUAUGCAUUAUCUCAAAUGAAGUAUGUAAUAAGAUAUGGUAAUAUCAGCAUACCAUACCUAUAUAGAUAGCAAUUUAUACCAAGUAAGGAAAGCAUCUAAGCAUGAGAAGCAUCUUUUAAAGUCAAAAUUGCUUCAUAGUGUAAAAUCUUACAAUAAAGGCAAAUGCCAGCAAAUUUUCAUUUCCUA